AUGGGUCAUCAUCAAAAGGCAGCUUCUUGCUCUGCUAUCCCGUCUUUCAGUUCACUGGCAUCGAUAUCGACAGAUACAACAACACCACCAGCAAGCAAAGCCAAGCGGAAUAGUUCCAUAAAGCCUUCGCCCUCAUUUUCAUCGUCCUUGUCGAUCGCCACUGAUAAACAAACAGAACAGCAACAGUCUCUGUUGUUUCCAUUGCCCUCUUUUUGUUUGUAUUCGAAAAAGGCGCUCACGAAUGAAUAUGCUCCAGAGUCUGAAAUUGUACAAUACUUGGCUCCAUCAUCCAAUGUGUUGGAGGAGCGGCUGCCCAUGUUUGUAGGCGUAUUGCAAUCUCUGUUCACUGUAGUCAAUGACAUGCCAUUCGUCGAUAGAGAGCAACAAGAGGACGACGACCAAGAAGAGCAAGAAGAAGAUGACCAUGAAUACACAGACAUCGAAGAAGAAGAAGAAGAAGACGACGAAGAAGAUGCCAAACAUACCACAUCGCCAUUCACCAUCAUUGGAUUAAACAGCAUGAAAUUAGUAAUAUGGAACAGCAUGUAUGAUCAUGUUACUGACUCUUGUACAUACGAAAAAGACCUCUGCUUGGUUAUAUUUAUAUCUGCUCACCUAACAGAUGCAAUUAUCCUGAAUAACAUGCAAUCGCUAAAGGAAUCCCUAUCAACGAUCUCUUGUCUCCAUGCAAAUGCAACGCAAUUAGGAGAUCAGUUAAUACCAUUAGUCAAGUGUUGGUUUGAAGAAGGACAGUAG